AUGAGGGGGAAAAAGACGCUACUGGAAUACUUCGAUAUGUCCAGUGAGAGAUCCGUUAGUGUGAAUACUGGCACACCAGAUGCAGAUCUGCAUGAUGAAUAUGACUACACAAGCACCAACUUUGAAAACCUUGAGCAGAAUGUAAAGAGAAUUUGUAAAGACACUGAUAACUUUGAAAUAAACAGCACCAUAGCUGAAGACACGAAACUCAAGCACAGGCACAAUCACACGGGCAUGAGCAUGGGUAGUGUGUGCAUUCUCAAAGACAACAUGCUUGACGAUAUGCUUGGCAAUCCACUUGAUGCAAGCAACACGAAUAAAAUGAGUGCUGAGAGCAUAGGAAGAUAUGGAUUUCUUGCUGAAGUUAGGGAUAAGGAUGGAAGGAAAAAGGGAGAUGAGGGAUACGAUGAAUCAACACUGCUGAUACCUGAGGAUGAGUAUGCAAAGCUCAGUCCAUUUGAGAAGCAGUUCUGGAGUAUCAAGAAGGACCACUUCGACACUGUGGUGUUUUUCAAGAAAGGCAAGUUCUAUGAGCUAUAUGAGGACGACGCUCUUAUUGGAGCAAGGCUGUUUGAUAUGAAGGUGACGGGCAGGGUCAACAUGAGGAUGUCUGGAUUUCCUGAGGGAAGCCUUGACUACUGGGCAAAGAGGUUUUUAGAAAAUGGAUACAAAAUAGCAAGGGUUGAGCAGAGUGAAAACAUGAUUGGAAAGCAGAUCAGGGAGCGAAGCGAGAAGGAGGAGAAGCGAGGGAAUGCAGCGAAUGAAAAGAUCAUUCAUAGAGAGUUGAAGGAGGUUAUCACACAGGGAACAAUAUAUAGUGUGGAUCACAUGAAGUCUGUAAUGCCAGUGUAUUUGAUGAGUGUUGCAGAAGAUGAUACCUGCUAUGCUAGAAGCUGCGGAGGAAAGAUACAUGUUUCUAUGAUGCUAUAUGAUGCAAGCAUUGGAGAUGUGUAUUUGUCGUCGUUUUGCGAUGAUGAGGAGCGGCAUGUGCUCAAGACAAUACUGGCACAGUAUGAUGUGCGCGAGAUGAUAUCGAGAUAUGGAAUAGAUGGGAUUCCCAGGAUCGUGCCUGCUUGCACAAUGGCGGCGUGUGGACGGAAGCACGUGUUUGAGAAUGAACGUGAGCGUAUGUGCUUUAUGUACAUGCAGAACUACAUGGUAAGGCUGAAAAGGCCGAAUGCCUUGGAUGAUGUCCGGAUUCAGCGGCUUGGCGAAGGUCGUAGAAGGAUGGUGAUUGAUGGGAAUGUGCUAAGAAGUAUGGAGGUGUUCAGCAAUAGCUACGAUGGAGGAGUGGAGAAGACCUUGUUUAAUGCAGUGAACUUCUGUGUUACUGCAUUUGGGCAGAGACUGCUGAGAAGGUGGAUUAUGCAGCCUUUGAUGGAAGAGGCAGAGAUAGUAGAAAGGCAGGCCAUGGGUAGGGCGAUGAAGAGAAUGGACAUUGAGUUUUUGAGGAAAGGCAUGAAGAUGAUUGGAGAUGGAGAAAGGCUGAUGGCGAGGCUUUACAAUGGAAGUCCAAGGGCUAACGAUUUGAACAGAUUUCUUACAUGUGUUGAUAGCAGCAGGGAGUUUUUAAUGGCACUGCUGAGGAGUGUUGAGUCUGUGGCAGUGGAUGGAAAUGAUUUAGAGUGCACGGUGAUGCAGCGAGUAAAGAGCGUGUGUGCAGAGCAUGUGAAGCAUAUUAACGAAGUGCUUGAGAUGCAUAGGCAGAAGUACGAGGUGAGUGAAACGGAUAUAGAUGUUGGGAAAGAAGACGACGAGGAGCUGAGCAUGCUUGUGAAUGAAAAGCGUGCAAUUGAGGAUGAGCUGAGUGUGUAUUUAGAGAGGCAGAGGGUAUUGCUGAGGAGCAAAGACAUCAGAUUCAGAGAUAUAGGCAAGGAUGUGUUUCAGAUUGAGGUGCCCAAGGAUAUUUCUGUUACUUCUGGCUAUGUGAUUUUUUCAUCAACAAAGAGCGUUAAUAGAUACUACACAGACGAUCUUCGAAGGCUGAUCAGCAGGCAUAACGAAUGUG